GGUUAGUCAGUUCAUGCAUAAUCCAUUCCAAGAACAUCUAGAUGCUACCUACAGGAUCCUAAGAUAUUUGAAAAGUUGUCCAGGGAAAGGAUUAUUUUUUAAAAGAAGUGACAAUAGAAGUGUAGAAGCCUUUACAGAUGCAGAUUAUGCUGGGUCAAUAACUGAUAGAAGGUCUACAUCUGGAUAUUGUACUUAUGUAUGGGGGAAUCUGGUGACUUGGAGGAGUAAGAAGCAGAAUGUUGUUGCCAGAAGUAGUGCAGAAUCUGAAUUUAGAUCUAUGGCUAAUGGAAUAUGUGAGCUACUUUGGAUCAAGAGAAUGAUGACAGAGUUGAAUAUGGAAAUGAACCUACCUAUGAAAUUAUAUUGUGACAAUAAAGCAGCCAUUAAUAUUGCUCACAAUCCUGUGCUACAUGAUCGUACUAAACACAUUGAGGUGGACAGGCAUUUUAUCAAAGAGAAGAUUGAAGCUGGAAUUGUAUGCACACCAUUCAUAUCUACUAAAGAGCAGACAACUGAUAUCUUUACAAAGGGGCUGUUUAAACCAGUGUUUGAGUUUCUUAUAAGCAAGUUGGG